CAAUUAGCACCGGGCACCGAGCGUUGACCGGCAACUGCACGACGUAGCCGGAGCGCUCUGCGCCCCAAAGGCGUUCACCGGACGCCCCACCUUGCGUUAUACCACCAUGUCUACGCAGGUGAAGACCAUGAAGCCCGUCCAGCUUACGCCGUUCGCUUCCGCGCUCGCAGGCGCUCUCGGUGCAUGCUUCAGUACUGCCGUCGUAUACCCCCUAGAUGUGGCGAAGACGCGCAUCCAGGCAUUACCGUCUGACGGCCCGAAGACGAAGGCGGACGUCUCCAUGCUCCGCGUUCUGCUCAGGGUAUACAAGCGCGAGGGGAUCAUGGGCUGGUACCGUGGCUUCGCAGCGACGAUGCUCAAUACCUUCUCCAUGCAAUACGCCUACUUUUUCUUCUACGCCUUCGUCCGGAGCUCCUACAUCGCUCGCCUCCGCCGCAACGCACCCAAAGGCUCCGCCCUCCCCCCGCUCUCCACCGCUGCCGAGCUGCUGUUGGGUGCCAUCGCCGGCGCGCUCGCCCAGAUCUUCACCAUCCCCGUCUCUGUCAUCGCCACCCGCCAACAGGUCGGCCGCCCCGACCGCGCGCGCUCCGGCGCCUCCACCCCCCGCACCACCAUUGACCCCGCCACCGGGCUCGCCACCGGCCCCGACGAGGACUCCUUCCUCUCCGUCGCGCGCGAGAUCAUCGAGGAGGAGGGCUACGCGGGCCUCUGGCUCGGGCUGCGGCCCGGGCUCGUGCUGACUGUGAACCCGGCGAUCACGUACGGGAUGUACGAGCGCGUGAAGAGCCUGCUGCUGCUCGCGAAGGAGAAGGCGGGGAACGGCGUGUCGCGGAGCAUGACGCCCGCGCAGACGUUUGCGGUCGGCGCGCUGAGCAAGACGCUGGCGACGGUCGUGACGUAUCCGUAUAUCAUGGCGAAGGUGAGGAUACAGGCGCGCAGUGCGGACGCGGAGGCGGCGGCGGAGCAGCACAGGGAGGCGCCGAGGCCGCACGAGCAGCAUCACAAGGACCAUUCGAGGCACGUAGGGGCGCUCGAUGUCCUUAAGCGGGUGUACAAGAGGGAGGGCGUGGCUGGGUGGUAUCAGGGCAUGCAAUCACAAAUCACGAAGGCGGUCUUGUCCCAAGCGUUGCUGUUCCUGACGAAGGAGCAGUUUGAACGCUGGGCUCUGGCUAUCAUUCUCUUAAUCUCAAGAUUCUUCAGAUGAUCUCAGGAUUUGGGUAGUAGUUUGGCUGCAAUGUAAUGACGCAUGAAUUCAUCUCGAGGUGAAGAACUGGA